AUGAUUCCUCUUUCUUCUCCUUCUACUUCUUCCACGUCCCCUCAUUCAUUCAUCUUCACCCGACCUGCCCCAAUUCUCUGUAACCCACUGGGAUUCAAGCGUUUCCGUACUUCCUCGGGUUGUCCUCUCCCCCACCAGUCUGUCGGGUAUUCUUCUGGACUCGGGUUUACGGGUCAAGUUAAUUCUGGUUUGUCUAAUAUUUAUCAGCAGCAGCAGGCUCUUCCAUUUUUAGGGUACGAUAAUCGUGGAGGAUUAGUUCUGAACCAAUUUGCAAAUUCGUCCCCUGUAAAACUUGAGCUUCCUUCAAACCAAUUUUCCCAUCAGGUUAAUGUUAUUCAACAAGAGAGGAAUAAUGUUAACAACAUGCAAAUGAACAAUACUUCUGAUCCUCUCUUUGGAGCUGAUCAUCAGGCUUUAACAUCUGGCCAGACGACACUGAAGAAACGAAGUUACUGCUGUAGUCCAGAUGAAAGAAACGUUCUUGACGGACAUCGAGGUUUUGAUGAUUUGCCUCUUAACUCUUCUUUCUGGUCUUCAAAUAAUGCAGAACUGAAACCGAAGGAUGAAGCACAACACCUGAUCAGUAAAUCCAUGAAUGAGGACCUAUCUUCGAUGCUUUCAGAUUGGCCUACCGGCAACAACGAUGCAGAAGAUUUUGCUGAUGAGGUGGGUGUUUCAAUUUCACAAUGGAACAAACCUAACCGAUAUGAUUGUUUCAGUAACAUGCAUCAUAUUCAGAGAUUGGCAGACACUGAUACAAUGGUUGAAAUCUAUGUUUUGGAAGCCGUCUUGUAG